AUGGCAAAUAGAACCCUUCUCCUCAUCGGCUGCGGCCCCGGUAUUGGUGUCGCGGUUGCAUCCCUCUUUGCCCAGCGGUACUUCAAUAACGUUGCUCUCUUCGCGCGAAACCCCGUCCAGCUGGAGAAAGACCGAGAGACCGUACUCGCUUCCGCAGCGAGCGUCAACCGCGUUGUCACCGUGCAGACUUGGCAAGUUGAUAUUGGCGAUCUGCGCCGUCUGGAAGAGGCACUCGCCGAGGUCGCCCAGUUCGGGGACUUGGAAUGCGUGUAUUUCAACGCUGCGCGGGUAGCGCCCAGCCCCUUACUUGAGUUUCCGAUCUCGGGUCUUGAGGAGGAUUUCAAAGUAUCUAAUCUCGCUCUCUAUGCGGUAGCGAAAUGGGCGAUGCCGCUUCUGCGUGCGAAAGCAGCCACUGGAACGGACUGCCGACCAUCCUUCCUCGUCACGAGUAGCUGGCUCCCUGUCGAUCCCAUUCCGGAGCUCUUCGCACUGUCUAUGGUAAAGGCCGCUCAGGCUAAUCUGGUCAAGUCUUUGGCCAAAGUAUUCGCUCCCCAGGGUGUGCAGGUUGGCUUGGUGGUGGUGGGCGGGGUGGUGUCUCCAUCAGCACCAGCGCUGAAUGCAAGGAACGUUGCUGAGCAGGCUUGGAAUUUAUUCGCGCGGAAAAGAGAGGAAUGGACGGGACAGGUGACGAUUCUGGAGGAUGGGCGCGUAGCUUGGGAGCCUUCCAUUUGA